CCUCUGCAGCCUGUUAUUACACUUCCACCCGCCCGCCCAGGGCCGUUCCCCGGCUCUCGCAGGGCCCUGCUGCUUCCGUAUCUCUCGGGAGGGGCAGUCCCUGGCGCUGCAUCUUGUGCAAUGUGCCGCCUGGGACUGGAGCACUGGGCUGGCAGGCGGCAUAUAAGCAGGUGCAGAUCGGCGCCGGGCAUCUGGCACAGCAGCAGCAUGAAGUCAGGCCUCCUCCUCCUCCCGGUGCUCCUCGCCCUCUGGGCUGAGCUGUCGCCUGCCUCUGGGCAGCUCCGUCAAGAGAUCUGCAAGCUCCCCAAGGAACCCGGCCCAUGUCUGGCCUACAUGCCCAGAUACUUCUAUGACCGCGUCACCAAGAGCUGUCAGAUGUUCAUUUAUGGCGGAUGCCAGGGCAAUGGGAACCGCUUUGCCACUAAAGAGGAAUGUCUCCGGACGUGUGGACGGUCUGCUGGAGACGUCUGCCAGCUCCCUGCAAACCCUGGCCCUUGUGAGGCCUACAUGCCCCACUACUUCUACAACCCAGCCUCCAAGAGCUGUGAGAGGUUCAUUUAUGGUGGCUGCGGGGGCAAUGGGAACAGGUUUGCCACUGAAGAGGAAUGUCUCCGGGCGUGUGGACAGACUGGGGAGCCAGUGGGAGUGCCCUGGACAGAAUCAGGCCAGAGACACAACAUGAACGGCGCCAGCAAAGCUGGAGACGUCUGCCAGCUCCCUGCAAAGCCUGGCCCUUGUGAGGCCUACAUGCCCCACUACUUCUACAACCCAGCCUCCAAGAGCUGUGAGAGGUUCAUUUAUGGUGGCUGCGGGGGCAAUGGGAACAGGUUUGCCACUGAAGAGGAAUGUCUCCGGGCGUGUGGACAGACUGGGCCGACCAGAGAUGGACUGAGAAAGCCAAGAGUGUGACAGAUGGGCCAGCGUGAACAUGGGACGGACCCUCCAAUAUGGCCCACACCUGAGUCCCACCCGGCUCGCCUGGGGGCCUGAUCUCCCCCAGCACCAGGGCUGUGUAAUACAGCGCUCUGUCAUGGGCUGCCCCCCAUGCUUAUGAAAAUGGGCUUAUGAAUAUGCAUAACGCAACAAUGCUUUAGGCCAAAUGUAUCAUGUGACAUAUCAUUUUAAAGUGACAAUCUGCUGGA